AGGAGGAUCCCAUAAAGGGAACCUACUGCUUCCUACUAUAGUCGCACUGUGUCCAGACAUUAUUGUGCUAAUGAGCUCGGACAAGUAAGAAGACAGGAUGGCAAACUCAGCACUGGAGAUAGUGGGUCUGCUAUUGACCCUGAUUGGGUUGAUCGGGGCAGCAGCGAGCACCGGAAUGCCGAUGUGGCGAGUCACAGCCUUCAUUGGGGAGAACAUCAUCGUGUUUGAGACCCGUUAUGAGGGUUUGUGGAUGAAUUGUUUUCGACAGGCCGACAUCAGGAUGCAGUGUAAGGUGUAUGACUCUCUCCUGGCCCUGUCUCCUGACCUGCAGGCGGCAAGGGGGCUCAUGUGCUGCUCUCUGGCGCUGGGUGGCCUCGGGCUGCUGAUCAGUCUGGUGGGGCUGCAGUGCACGUCGUGCAUCGAAAACAACGAUCGAGCUAAACGACUGGUCCUCAUCAUUGCAGGAAGCAUGAUCAUAAUGGCCUGCAUCUGCGUCAUUAUCCCCGUGUCCUGGACGGGUCAUGUCAUCAUCAGGGACUUCUACAACCCUCUGCUGAUUGACGCCCAGCGCAGGGAGCUUGGAGAAGCUCUCUACAUUGGCUGGGUGGCCUCAGCUUUCCUGUUUGCUGGAGGAUGCAUGUUCAUUUGUUGUAAUCUACAGUCCGAAGGCAAAGGUUCAGAGAGGUACGUGUACUCCAGGCAGUCAGACUACAUGGCCUAUCCUCCACAACCAUUACAACCGUUACAGCCUCAACAGCUGGUGCUACUUCCACAACCACAGCCUCAGCCAGUGCUGUCAAGGCACCCAUCCACCAUCUACAGCUACCAAUCCAGACACCCCUCCGUACGCAGUGGGAUAGCUUAUCUCUGAACACUUGAAGUAGUUAUGGUCGCUACUUUCAAUAUUUUUCUUUUUAAUAUGUGUUGGCAUGGCAGAGCAAUCUAUGCAUUUCCAUAAAAAAAAAAAAAACAUUUAAAUGAAUACAGGUAAUGUGUAUGCAAAUGGUUCUGAUGUAAAUAGUUUAGAUGGUUUUAAAAUCACUCUUUUUAUGUACAAUUUUCCAAAAAGCACUUCAACCAAUAAUUUCAGGAUUGCCUUUGUGAGCCCAUAUAUUUACUUUUUGUGUUUUAAUCAAAUUUUAUACUCACAACCUUAUUUUUGUAUACAUUUGUUUUUGUAUGUGUUUACUGUAUAUAACAAUUUACACAACCCUUUACCAAGGAUUAAUGUGACACCUACAAGUAUAUUUGUGUUUACUAUUAUAUACAGGUUGUUGCUGGCACAUAUGACAGAUCUGUGUGGUUGUAAAGACAGUUAAUGUUUCAGUUGUUUCAGCACAUUUUUUUCAGCCUUCAGCAUUAGCUAUAUCUGAGUUAUGUGAUCAAACAUGUCACAAGCACUGAGUCCUCAUACACAGUUUCUUUUUCAGGUGGCGUUUUACCACCUGUAAUCAGUCUUAAUGAGUGUUUCAUGAUACACAAAGACAAAAGUGUAGACAAACAGGAUGACAAUGCUCUACUGGUGAAUGAUAUUUGUGUCUAAAACUUAAAACAUUUUAUGUAUCAUUUAUUCAGAAAACAACUGCAGGUCUUUGUUUAAAUUUGGUAUGAUGUUCUGGAGCACUUGGAAACUGAUGUAACAACAAAUGUCUGUGUAAACAUAGGACACAGGUUUAAGACUGCUUGUGAAAGGUGUGGACACAGAAGCAACUUAGCCAGAGCACUUGGUGUUUUAGCAACCUGACAGCAUGAUCACGUGAUCCAAAUUUGCAAGUCACGCUGAAAGAAAACACAAAGAGCUUUAGACCGAAUUGUUCUCCAGGUCAUUUUUGUGUUGAUCCCAGCUCUAAAUGUUGGAGUAAUGGAAGAACAUUUCUGUACUUCUUUAUUCAUUCAAGUAAAACAACUUCAUUUCAAAGCAAACUGUAGUUAAAUGUGAAAUUAAAACCUUGAUUUCCGACACACUAAAUGCAAUAUUCUAAAUACAGAAAGAGAAAGUAAAUUCUGUUUGUAAAAGCACAGUAGUUGCAUUGCUGUUUCAUACUGGAAAUAUUUGGUUCCAAAAUGGCAAUGUUAUGUUUAUUGCUGCUUCAGGUCACAAGUUAUCUAUGUUUAUUGUCCACAUUUCCACUCAACAUCGUUAAAGUCACACAAAUACAGAAUGUGUGUUGACUUAUAGAAUUUGGUUACAGUAUAAAAACAUGCUAUAAAAAAAGUAACUAUAUGUGGACUGUGUUAUGUGAGGUCCCUCUCAUUUCAUUUCUCAUUUCAUGAAGAUCAUCUCUGCUCCCCUCUGGACAAUACAAGAACUGCAGGAGCUGUACUGUGCAGCACUAUGAUCAUGUUUGCUUCAGAAUUUGUACCACAUAUAGUGAAUAAAAACAUGCCAAGUGAUAAAACUUC